UCAGAGCAGAUACGUUUUAGAGCAUUCUGAACACGAUAGCGUGGUCAGAAAAAUCAGGACCUCAUUUUAGGUCCUAACAUGCGCCGAGGUCCUGAUAGUGUUGGUGUGAUUAAAGUCCUGACUUUUCACAAAAACACACACACACACACACACACACACACACACAGAGCUUUCUUCGUAUUUUUUUUUUUUUGUGGUCAAGACUCGAGGCAAGUAAAGCAGAAAACAAUAGGAACUGAAGACAGUCUUUGUUCAGCAGUAAAAGAGGAGUGAAUAAGUAAAAACUGCUUUUUCAUUAAACACACCAAGCAACUGGAGCUGAGCUACAAUAACUGUAACACAAACAUCAGAACCGGAUCAGUUCAUACUGUAACAAUGAGUCAAGAUUCUGACAUAACUGCAAUAUUAGAGGCUUCAGGAGAGUCCACUUUGGAAAGAGGAUAUGAAAAAGCACAAGAGAAACAGGACCAGUUGAAUAACAUCUCACUGGACGUUGCUGUAACUGGAGAAUCAGGAGCAGGAAAGUCGACUUUCAUUAAUGCAAUCAGAGGACUGAGUGAUGAUGAUGAAGGUGCAGCUGCAACUGGAGUUACUGAAACCACCACUGAACCAACCCCUUACCAACAUCCAACAAUGCCUAAUGUGACUUUCUGGGACCUUCCAGGAGUUGGAACCACAAAAUUUAAGGUUAAAAAAUAUCUUAAGAAGAUGCAGUUUGCCAGGUAUGAUUUCUUCAUCAUCAUCUCAUCAGGGACACUUGGAAAGAACGAUGUCCUGCUGGCCAAAAAGAUCAAAAAGAAGAAAAAGCUGUUUUACUUUGUCAGAUCAAAGAUAGACGUUGACGUCGCACAAGAAGAGAAGAAACAAGGCUUCAACAGAGAAGAAACUCUGGCAAAAAUUAGGAACGACUGCCUGGCACAUUUGAAGGACUUUAAAAAUCCUAAAGUUUUUCUCAUUUCCUCCUAUGAUGUUUCUGCAUUUGAUUUUGAGGAGCUUGAGGGCACACUGAUGUUAGAUCUUCCAGAGCAUAAACGAUACGCUCUAAUGAAGUCAGUACCAGUCACUUCUGUGGCUAUACUGAAAAGGAAAGUCAGAAAGUUUAAGAUAGCAGCCUGGGUUGCAGCCGCUUCCUCUGGUGCAGUUGCAGCAGCUCUAAUACCUGAUCUAUCAUUAGCAUGUGAUGUUGGCAUUCUAGUGACUUUCUUUACUAGUUGCUACUUCUCGUUUGGCCUUGAUGAUGAAUCAAUUGAAAGUCUCUCAAAACGAGUCAACAAGCCACAUUUAACAUCUUUGAAAAAAUCUUCACUUGUAGAGGAACUGGUGUCAAAAUCAUACACAAGAUUAACUGAUGAUUCACCUGAGAGGGAUCUGCGCAAUUUGGAACCUGGUGUAGUAAAUGCUAUAGCAGCAGGAUAUUCUUUUAAUAGUACAUAUAAGGUCCUGAAGAGUGGACUGAAAGAGCUUGAAGAGGAAGCGCUGAUGAUAUUGAGGGAGGCGGGGUUAGAGUAAUGUACUGAUGGUACUGAGAGAGGUGGGGUUGGAGUAAUGUACUGAUGGUACUGAGGGAGGCCGGGUUAGAGUAAUGUACUGAUGGUGUUGAUGGUUAGAGUAAUGUACUGAUGGUGUUGAUGGUUAGAGUAAUGUACUGAUGGUACUGAUGGUUAGAGUAAUGUACUGAUGGUACUGAUGGUUAGA